AUGGUGAUUUUGAGGGCAAUGCAGGUUGUUCUCGUCGGAGGACGGUUAAUCGGCGGCGGUUUCUCGGCGGAAGAGAAUCCAUUCACUCCCAAAGCAUCUCUUGUUCGUUACUGGAACAAAGAGAUCCGCGGCGACAAGUCUCUCAGAUCGGAGUUUCUAGUCUCCAAGGCGUCGCCUCUCAACGCCGUCGACUCUGCCACUUUCGCCAAACUCGCCGCCCAGAACUCGCUCCCGACUCGUCUCCCUGAUUUCUGCUCCGCCGCGAACCUCUUCUGUUUCCCGGAUUUGAGCCCGAGUCUCGAGAAGCACGACGACGACGUCAAGUUCUCCGUCUACGACCAGAAAAACUUCACAAACUACGGCAAUGCCCGUGCCGGCGGCGCCGACCAGUUCAAAACUUACUCCAAAGACGGCAACGUCGUCACCGAUUCGUUCCGGAGAUACAGCCGCGGCGGGGCGGGUCACGACGAUAAAUUCACCGUCUACGGCGAGAGCAGCAACGUCGUCGAGGAGAACUUCAAUUCCUACGGGACCUUCGGAACCGGCGGCGCCGGAGAUUUCACCAACUACCAAAACGGCGUUAACAACCCUACGAGCAGAUUCACGUCGUAUUCCGACGGCGGAAACGGUCGAUCUCAGACAUUCAAGACAUACACGCACGAGGCUAACGCCGGGAGCGGCCAAUCGUUCACGAGCUACGGCAAAAACGGAAACGGAUUACCGAACGAGUUCGCCUCCUACGGCGUCUCCGCCAACGUGAUCGGCUCCGGUUUCUCGAAUUACGGCGAGAAGGGAAACGCCGCCAACGACUCCUUCACUAGCUACGGAAGCGACGGCAAUGUGCCGCAGAACAAUUUCAAAAACUACGGCGCCUCCGGAAACGCCGCCGUCGACACGUUCGCGAACUACAGAGACAAAGCGAACGUCGGCGACGACUCGUUCUCCUCCUACGCCAAGGACUCGAACUCGGAGAAGGUCAAUUUCGUAAAUUACGGCCAAUCUUUCAAUCCCGGAUCGGAAACUUUCACCGGUUACGGCAAAGGAGCUGAAGGAAGCAAAAUCGGAUUCAAAACCUACACUCCAAACUCCACCUUCAAGGAUUACGCUAAGAAAGGCGUCGCUUUCGCCAAGUACAACGUUUCUUCCGCCGCUUCAGGCGUCGGCGAUGGCAAAACCGUGAAUAAGUGGAUCGAGCCGGGUAAAUUCUUUAGGGAAUCGACUCUUAAAGAAGGAACAGUGAUUCCUAUGCCUGACAUUAAGGAUAAAAUGCCUAAAAGGUCGUUUUUGCCCCGGAGCAUCAUCUCGAAACUACCCUUCUCCACUUCCAAAUUGGGGGAGAUUAAGAGAAUCUUCCACGCCGGAGAGAACUCGACGAUGGAGAACAUAAUCUCCGACGCGGUGACGGAAUGCGAGAGGCCUCCGAGCGCCGGAGAGACGAAACGGUGCGUGGGAUCCGCCGAGGACAUGAUCGAUUUCGCAACUUCCGUGCUCGGGCGUAGCGUGGUGCUCCGAACGACGGAGAAUGUGGCCGGGUCAAAGCAGAAGGUGGUGAUCGGAAAAGUCAACGGAAUCAACGGCGGGAAACUAACGAAAGCGGUUUCGUGUCACCAAAGUUUGUACCCGUAUCUAUUGUAUUACUGCCACUCGGUCCCAAAGGUUCGGGUCUAUGAAGCGGAUCUUCUGGAGUUGAACAGUAAGACCAAGAUCAACCACGGAAUCGCCAUCUGUCACAUGGACACGUCAUCGUGGGGUCCGACCCACGGAGCUUUCUUAGCUCUCGGGUCAAAACCGGGUCAGAUUGAAGUUUGUCACUGGAUAUUUGAAAACGACAUGAACUGGGCUAUCGCCGAUUAA